AUGCCUGACAUCCACUCUCGAGUUCAUGAAACAUCCCUCUUCAACGACGUCGCACCAACCAUGCCGUUCGACCACUUUCGCUUCAGCGUCAGAUACCUCGCAGCCGAUAGCAACCGCAAGGUAUCCAACUACCCUCCCUCCGCUCGCACUAUCCAUCUACCACAGAGCCCAUACGUGAACGAGUAUAUGACAAUCCCACAGAAUCCGACAAAUAAGGAUACCAGAACGAUCAACCACGUACCCCAAGGGCUUCUCGCAAACUGCACCUUCCAAGUUCCGAAAGAAGCGGAAACAAACAUCUCGCCAAGAGCAUCCCCUAACACACCCCGUCUACCACACGCAUCACCGCAGUCACAACACCGCAACCCUCGUCAGCGCUCCGUGGACUGUCCAUUGACACUCGAGCACAAAACUCUAUUGAAACAUCCCGCGGGAGUAACAAUUAUCAAUGUGAACAACAGAGCACAACAGAGGGCUAACGAACGCCGCGACCACAGGAGCCCGAGGUUUCUAAAGAUGCGCCAACAGGUUGCCAGUUUUUGGGUCAAGGAUAAACAGACUAAGCGAGGAAUCAAAGGAGGCUCAAGAGACUAUGUCUUUGCGGUCCUCUAUUCGGUCAUUAAAGCCAUCAAAGUAGUGAAAGCAUCCUGGUCCAUACACCUGCCUAGCACACGAAUCCCGGGGCCACCAUUCCUCGUUCACAAAUCACCGCGUCCGGACAGAGCGUAG